AGCUGUCGAAGACGAGGCAGAGCAUGUCUUUCGCGCAUGAUGUGAAAGUCCCUCACAUUUUUCCUCUCUUCUUUUCGAGCUCAAGGAACGCUUUCUGAGUAAUGCCAUGCCAUGUGACACACAACCUGGGUAAUUACUGUGAGUGGGUGACCCGCCGAGCAUCUUGACCCGGGAUGAAGCAAGAGGGCAGCAGCGCCUCGGCCUCCCCGCCUCCCUGCCGGUGCCUGGCCUUCAUCUCCCUCGUGCAACUUUUUCUCCCCAGUAUCUCUGCGGCCUCUCAUUAUCUUAACGAACAGACGGAGGAACUUGUCUGGGAUGAUGUGAGAAUUCGAUGUGGAGAAAAGAGGAACUCGGGAAUAUGGUAUGUAAGGUUGGAGUGUGGAGUACAGAGAAUACCGGCAAAUGAAGAAUAAUUCAGAAGUGAAAGGCAUGAACGUGGCGGUGUCCCUGGGUCGUCGUGGGUGCUGGUGAAGGCGGUGUCGUCAGGCUCACACACCAUGGGGGUCGUGGGCCUCCUCAACCUGCUUCUGACGGCCGUGGUCGUCCUCCUCUGCCUCGCCACGCCGGCGGUCACCAGGCUCGUCGGCUCUUGGAUUUUGCUUUUGGGCCCCCCAAAAUUCGGUCUCCGGGGGCACGAAUUAUGGGGGAACCCGAUCUCCCUGAUCGGGCGCGGGGCCCCUUGCACCCAAAUCCCCGGCCCCCUUCCCCCGGGCCAAACCCAAAAUUGUGCGCUUACCGGACCAAUGGGCAGCGUCGGCCGCGGCGCCAAGACUGGCAUCCAUGAGUGCCAGUGGCAGUUCCGACACAGACGCUGGAACUGCUCCACUGUUGACGACUCCACUGUGUUCGGACCUGUCCUGCAGAUCCCGAGUCGAGAGGCCGCUUUCGCCCAUGCCAUCGCUUCGGCGGGCGUCGUAAAUAGCGUGUCGCGAGCGUGCAGGGACGGCCAGCUGUCCACGUGUGGGUGCUCGCCCGCCCGCAGACCAAAGGACCUCAACAAGGAGUGGAUCUGGGGCGGAUGCGGAGACAACGUCGAGUAUGGAUACAAAUUCACCCAGGGCUUUGUGGACGUCCGCGAGCGGGAGAAGAACUAUAAGCGGGGCUCCCCCAAGCAAGGCCGCCAGCUGAUGAACCUGCACAACAACGAGGCGGGGAGAAGGGCUGUGAUCCGUAGAACGCGGGUGAAUUUCAAAUGCCACGGUGUAUCAGGAUCCUGCUCUCUGAUCACGUGCUGGCAACAACUGGCACCCUUCAGGGAAGUCGGUGACCUUUUGAAGGACAAAUAUGACGGAGCAACAGAGGUAAAAAUCAAUCGCCGAGGAAAACUCCAAGUCAAACACCCUCAGUUUAAUGUCCCAACUGCCGAGGACCUGGUCUACUUGGACGAAUCUCCUGACUAUUGCAGGCGCAACAAUACAGUUGGAUCUCUAGGAACCCAGGACAGGAUUUGCAACAAGAGUUCCCAAGGCAUGGAUGGCUGUGGACUCUUAUGCUGUGGUCGAGGUUACAAUUCUCAAAAGGUGAAACUACAUGAAAGGUGCCAUUGCAAGUUCCACUGGUGUUGCUACGUGGAGUGCAAAACAUGUACCAGAGUCGUAGACCUUCACACAUGCAAAUAAAAUGAAAUAUAAGUAAAAUAAUACUUGUUUAAAGUAUUACAGCAGAAACUGCAUGGCUCUUUGAAAAGUGAAGAUCUAAUGUUAACUUCUGUGCCCUCCAUAAUAAUAGUAAUACCUGAGUGAAAUUCACAUUUCUGACUAUGUAUGUAUAGAGAAAGAGAUGAAAAUCCUCUAAACAAUGUAUGGAAAUGGCUACAUUGGUGAAUUACAUAACCAUAGAAGUACUUAAUAUUGCUCUGAACUAAAGCACGAACAUUUGGUUUAUUGUGCUGUGAAAAAUAAAUGCAACAAGUGAAGUACACUUUACCCAGUGGUUUUCAUAAUCUCAAAAAAAUGCAUUUAACAUUGGUGUCUGAACCUUUAUUUUUGAAGCAAGACUUGAACAUUUAAAGCAAGUGGUUAAGGUACAGACACCAAAAUAAUAGAUGUCAAUAAGUGUUACAUUUAUAGACAGUGAAACCGUGAAUUAGCAAAAAUAAGUUGGCAGAAUAGUUACCUAUCAAUCAAUAAGUAUCUUGUAGGGACUGCAGCUUUCAGUGUUCCAAUAUGUGCAAUGUUUAUGGCAAGUUUGAGAGUUGACAAAAGCCUAGCUGAUAAAUUCCCUUAUUGUUCAUAAAUACAUCAUAUAAUAAAGGAAUGGUUUGGUUGUUGUAACUGAUGUACACAAGUAUUUAGUAAAUUUUACAUAUACUAAUUUCUUAGUCAGUGGCAGCUUUUAUCUAUUGUACAGUGUGUAUGUAAAUAACGUAUAUAAAGGUAGUUUUAUUGUAGAGAACCUUGUAUUGUCAAGUAGUUUGCAAGUUCAUAAUCUCUGUAGGUGUAAUAGAGAAUUCUUGUAGACCAGCUGUAGAUCUGUGCUAUGUGUUUUCCCAUUUCAUUAUGCUAUGGAUUGCAGUAUUCACUUUUCUGUGAAAUAAUUAAAUUAGUUGCCAUAUUUAAAUAAGAGUACAGGAAGUUGCCAUUUGUGUACUUAAGAAAAACUCAAGUUACUGGGUUGUUCUCAAUGCAAUGGGAAUUGGAUUAGUCCUUUACCUGAGGUGUACCUUGUAUGGUAGUGUUAGAUUUGAAAGUUCAUCAACUUGGGAUGUGUUUGCAACCAUUUUGACAUUAACAUUUUCUGCACUUACGAUCUUGUCCCAUUUGAGUUUAUUAGUAGGAAUAACGUAGUUGAGGUAAAAUUCAAUAGUUUACCUCAUGCAUACAAGUUAAAAUCACUUUGUGCACAGAUU